GCCCUCUAACAGGAACUACAGUGCAGCGCCCUCAGUAAGCCGUGCGCACUGCGCGUCUCCCCGUGGUGACAAUGAGGCUAAGUCACAAGUUCAGCUCAGCCCCUGAGCAGAUCGCGCACGUCCCCAGAGGGAGGGCGGUUCCUAAACUCCACACGAAGAGGGAGACACGCGGGACCACAGGGGAAGAGGCGUCACACUCUCAGUCAACACCGAGUCAAAGUUGCUGAAACAUCCUACAGGUGGAAUGACAAAUCACGUAUCACAAACCAACGGCAUGCAGGGCCUCCGGAAGGAGCACCUGUAUAAGGUGCUGGUUAUCGGUGACCUCGGGGUCGGGAAGACUUCCAUCAUCAGGCGUUACGUCCACCAGACGUACUCCACGAACUACCGGGCCACCAUCGGUGUGGACUUCGCCCUGAAGGUGUUGAACUGGGACUCCGAGACUGUCCGGCUUCAGCUGUGGGACAUAGCAGGUCAGGAACGUUUUGGAAAUAUGACUCGAGUUUACUACCGUGAAGCCAUGGGAGCCUUCAUAGUGUUCGAUGUGACACGACACACGACCUUUGAGGCCGUCAUUAAGUGGAAAGAGGACCUGGACUCCAAACUAAUGCAGGCUGAUGGACAGAGCAUUGCCACUGUGCUGCUGGCUAACAAGUGUGACCAAGGCAGGGAGCUGACCAACAACGGCAUCAAAAUGGACCAGUUCUGCAAGGACCAUGGCUUUGUCGGGUGGUUUGAGACCUCGGCUAAGGACAAUCUCAACAUCGCCGAAGCUGCAAACUUCCUGGUCAAGCACAUCAUGGCCACAGAGAACAACAUCCUGAAAAGCGUGGUACCAGACACCAUCUCACCGCAACUCGACCCCAAUAGGCCCAUGAGCUGUUCCGGCUGCUUCAAAUAAUCAAAGGAGGGAGUGAUGGUGGGACCAGACAGAAUGUAUACACAGCAGGACAAAGAGGGACAGGGACACCUCACGGCUGUCCAGGCCUUACCUGCAGUACAGUUUGGCUUCUUUGUUCCAAACCAGUUUUUUAGUUCACUGCAUGUUUGCGUUCUCAGUACCUAGUUACAAGCGAACCCGAGCUUGCAAACUAAAAUCACGUGGAUUCAGAAGUUGCACAUUUAUUUAACAGAGUUUUGGCAACUUGUCACACUGUGAGUUUAAAAAUCUUGGCAGACAAAGUGUAACACCUUUGUCUAUGCUUCUUGGUAUAAAUAUUUUAAGUAUCAAACCAUGUCUUUCAGGGCUGUUCUUUUUAAUUGGUCAAGAUUAAAUUCUCUUCUGAUAACAGUUAGACCUGGCGCCUGCCUGACCAGACUGAACAAAAGGACUGAAUGCCCCCAGCAUGCUUGAUGCAACACAGCCAAAGGUGUGCUGUUUUGACAAAAUGAAAACGGGGUCUUGUUCAUUUGUUUUUCACUGUUUGUUUUUUUUACAAUUAUGAUUGUGUUACUGUUGCUUCAUCUAUGUACCUUCACCUCCACACACACCUGGUGGAAAAAAGUCUGUGAGUGACAUGCAGUCUUCCUCUACUGUUAGUUUGCAAGAGCCACAGAAAGCAGUAUUGACCACAUUCAAUGGAUCCCAGACUUGCUAUUGUGUAAUUAUGUGAAUUUUGGUCAUGCAUUACUUUUUUUAUUAUGAUUUUAAUUUAUUUGCCAUAUGCUUUUAUGUGUGUAAUGUAUUAUUUUAUUCUCCUUUGAACCUUUCCGACAACUGAAUAUAAACCUUUUACAAAACAACA